CAACUUCCUCCCGCCCGCGACCGCUGCCCUGCCCGCCCUGCUCUGCCUCGCGCACAAACACAAUGCGCCCGCUGCCGGCGUCGGUGGCGUCCCGCCUGGCCGGCGUGGUCGCGGACCCGGCCGGCGUCCCGCUGCCCGUCUUCAACUCCCUCCUCUCCGCGCUCGCCGCCUCCGCGGACCCCUCGCACGCGCACCUCCCGCUCCACCUCUUCCGCCGCCGCCUCCUCCCGCGCCGCCGCCCCGACGCGUUCACCCUCUCCGCCCUCACCUCCUCCCGCCUCCCCUCCGCCGCCGCCGCCGACGCCCUCCACGCCAUCGCGCUCCGCCUCGGCCUCCUCCACGCCGACCCCGUCCUCGCCAACUCCCUCCUCCGCCUCUACCUCCGCCCGCCCAGCCCCCGCCCGGGCCUCGCGCGCCAUCUGUUCGACGAAAUGCCCGCGCGGACCGCGUCCUCCUACAACACCCUCAUCUCGCACUCGCACUCGAGCUCGCCUGGCGCCGCGGCUGAGGGCGUGUGGGGCCUCGUCCGCCAGAUGGUCGCGGAUGGGUGCGCGCCCGACCGGUUCACGCUCUCUGCCGUGCUGCCCGUGUGCCCGUCCGCCCGCCGGGGCAGGGAGCUGCAUUGCUGCGCCGUGAGGUCCGGAAUGUGUGGGGCGGACGAUUUCCAUGUCGGCAGCGGCCUCGUGUCCAUGUACUGCAGGGUUGGCGACCCGGAACUUGCGCGCACGGUUCUCGACGGGAUGGAGCAGAGGAACGUUGUUUCCUGGACCGCCUUGGUGGGAGGGUACACGGAGAAUGAAAUGUUCGAGGGCGCCGUGGAUGCUUUCCGUGCAAUGUGGCUGAUCGACGGCAUCCUACCAAAUACGGUCGCAUUGAUUAGCGUGCUAUCGGCUGUUGAGGCCCUCUCGGCCUUAGCAGAGGGGAAGCAGGUGCAUGGUUUCGCGGUGAGGAUGGCAAUGUAUGGGGAGGUGUCGCUGAGCAAUGCUUUGAUUGAUACCUAUGCAAAGUGUGGGGCCUUGCAUUAUGCAAGGUGGGUCUUUGAUGAUACCAGCUGGUGCAAAGAUGUCAUCUCAUGGGGUGCAAUGAUUUUGGGUUAUGGCGUUCAUGGUAUGGGUGUGGAAGCAGUGGCUUUGUUCGACCAGAUGCUUUCCUCUGGGGUUAAACCUGACAAGAUAGUUGGCCUGGUUGUUCUUUCAGCUUGUUGCCGUGCGGGAUUGGUGUUGAAGGGCCUUGAUAUAUACAACUCCCUGGUAAAGGAUCAUGGGGUUCGACCCACUGAGGAGAUGUGUGCGUGCGUUGUUGAUUUACUUGGUCGAUCUGGGCAUGUUGACCAUGCCUUGGAUUUUAUAAAGUCAAUGAGUGUAGAGCCAGGCCCUAGUGUCUGGGGAGCACUUCUGGAUGCCUCUGCAACACACAGCAACAAAGAAAUUCAAGAUUUGGCCUCCAAAUCUCUUCUUAGACUGGGAGAAGGGAAACCAUCAAAUCUUGUUGCAGUUUCUAACGUAAAUGCCUCUUCAGAAAGGUGGAAUGUUGUUGAACGAGUAAGAAAUACGAUUAAUCAAGGGUCAUUGAAGAAGAAAACUGGUCGUAGUUGGUAAAUCCAACAUAGGUGCACAAUGCUUUUCUGAGUGACUUAUGGAUGGCCUUUCAACACUUCUGAUCUCAAGUGUACAUUUUAGUUGGCUGCCCCUGGAAGGGAUUGCAUCAGAUCACACACUUUACUGGACCAGGGUGUGUUGAAGCUAUAACAACAGAGCUGCAAUACUUGUAUAUUCGAUGACACAUUUACUGUUUGAGCCUCAACAAAAGUGCCUUCUAUGAUUUCGAAGUUGUCCACAAUAUCCACUCUUUCUACGUUCUUAAGGCUGGACUUGACGUAAAGUAGGAUAGUUGGAGACCAGAUUGAAUGUAACCAUAAAGAAACUGCAAGAGGGGAAAAAAGUCCGAUGCUUAUAUCUUGUUCUUGUACUACCAGCAUCUGCAUAAGUGGCACUACAAGCAUGUGAAUCGUUUCCUCAAAGCGAAGGGAUGUUUGAUGAACAAGACAGAUCAUGGAAGUGGAAAUAAGAAGUCAGAUGACCAUGUCUUUGAGAGAGUGAUUCUAUUGUCAUAUAUCUAGGUCUGUAUCUCUUCUGCCUCCAAUGCAAUGCUCGUGUCUGGCGUAAAGAGUGUCGAUCUCUGCUCUGACUCUGUCCAUGAACAGCCUCACCAUCUGGAUCCAUCAGCCAUUUCCUUAUUCGAUGACCAGGCUUGUUCAUUUUCAGAGGUGACAGCAGGUUUGGUCUUGUGACCCUUUCCAGAAUAUCAUGACUCACUGGAUUGAGAUCUCACGAUGAUGGCGAGGACUGCCCCCCCUCCACUCCCAUGUUGUUGGUUAGGUCCUCGCGAUCACAUGCGCGCAGAGGCGUGUCAUCUCAGACUUAAGCAAGCUCCCCUGACUGGAACGGCUCGGGGCGCUGUAGCCUUUCGUCCCGGGGGGAGGAUCGUUGCUGUUGGUGCCGCGUCAUAAUUGUUCCCCGGUCUCAGCAUGCUCUGUGCAGGGCUGCUAUAUCCCUUUUGUAGGCGGGUUCCCCCCGUCUUAAAAGAUGGCGGCAUGCUAAUAGCAUGAUGAUUAGCCAUUAAUAUGUGAUUGGAAAGCUCCAACCGCACACCGCGCAUAACUCCUCCGGGGCGCAUCGUGUUAUCCGCGGGUAAACUCUUCAGACUGGAGCUGCAGGGAGAUCUAUCACUGCCCUCACAUGCGCAUCACUGCAUCAGUCUGUGUUAUUGGCGCGCGCAUAGUACAGUAUUGUUACAUUCUGUGUGGUGGUAACAUGCCAUGCCACAGCGUAUCCGGCCGUCCAUCCUCGCCAUGUGGGGGACGCCUGGUCUCGCCUGUUGCUCUCGGCGAAGUAAUUGCGAUGUGGGACUUGACAGGGCACUGAUAACCAUCUAAUCAUGGACUCGUUGUACCCUCGCGCCAUCAAGCGGCCCGGCCUCCCUCCCAGUCCCGCCCAUGAAGAUCUCACGUGGAUGGGAUCCACUGUCACUGUUGCAUCCCAAGGUCAGCCAACCACAUUUUGGAUCCCGAUGUUGUCACAGCGAGACUCAAUUUGCUCUCCAGCCUUACCAUAUAGGUGAGAUGUUUAAGCCACAAAUUUUGGAUAUUUUCUUUUGGGAAACAUACAAAUUAUACCCAUGUUCGUUGCUUCUUUCACAAUUUGCCAAGGAUUGGAACUCCAGUCACGUAUGAGAUCCAGUGUCCUCUAAUGGAUUCCCCACCAUAGACGGCCACUAGUAUCGAAACUUAUUCGCUGCAGACCCAGCUAAUGUAAAUUAGUAGGCUUCGAGGACAACUGCAACCCUUGGAUUCCAGUGCAAUGAUGAUAUUCUUUCACUGCAACAAAGGUAGGUUUAAAGCUCA